GACAUUCCUCCCUUUAGCCAGGGAAGGAGCCCGCAGCCAUGGCUCUGCUGCCCAGCCUCCUCAUCCUCCUGUCCCUCUCCUUCUUCAGCACAGGAGCCAAGUUCUCUUUACAAAUCACUCCUCCUUGUAAAAGUGACCAACACUAUGAACAUGCUGGACGAUGCUGCACCAAAUGUGAACCAGGAAAGUACAUGUCUGCAAAGUGCACUGCCACCUCAGAGAGUAUAUGCAAGCCUUGUGGUCCAAAUGAAUAUAUAGAUGUCUGGAAUGAAGAGGAGAAAUGCUUGCUUCGUAAAAUAUGUGAUCAUGGCAAAGCGUUAAUAGAAGUGAAUCCAGGAAAUAGCACAUCCCAGCGACAGUGUGCCUGCACUGCUGGUUACCACUGGAAUGAAGACUGUGACUGCUGUCGGAGAAAUAAAAGAUGCCCCCUGGGUUCUGGAGUUAAAUAUCCUAUACAACAAAACAAGGACACAGUAUGCAUACCAUGUCCUGCAGGAUACUUCUCUAAUGUCUCUUCUGCAACUGAUGCAUGCAAAACAUGGACCAACUGCACAGCUCUUGGAACUGAGGAAAAGAUUCCUGGGAACAGCCAAUCUGAUGCCGUUUGUUGGAAGCAAAUGAAACCACUUUUACAAGAUGAAACCAACAAGUUAUUUUAUAUGUUCAUUGCUCCACUCUUUGUUAUUGCACUGGUUGGCACUGCUGUCCUUGUUAUAUACUAUCGCAAUAAAGGGGAAACACUGACAGCAGAUUUACAUUACUGGGCUCUUGUGAUAUGCAGACAAAUAAAAAAGACAAAGGAUUCCCCUUGUGAUACCUUUGUAAAUGGAAACAUGGCAUGCCCUGCUGGUCCUCAGCUAAUGGAAGGGACAUAUUUGCUGGACCUUGAUGAAUAUUCUUUUUCAGAAGAUGUAUGUUGCCCACAUGGACAAAUGGUCAGUGGAAAAGCUGGCCAUGAUGCAAUCCACUAUGGUUUGGGUGAAGAUUUCCCAGCACUGUCUCUUACAAGCAUGUCUGAAGAUGACCACUUUAAGCAGAUUCCCAUGGAAGAUGAGUACAUGGACAGAAUCUCUCACGGGCCCCAUUAUUUACCUUUACUUAGUCAGCCUGAAAGUAAAUCUGUGUCACCCUUCUCAGGGCCACUGGAAGUGGGGGAGAAUGAUAGUUUGAGCCAGUGCUUCACGGGAACAGAAAGCUUGGUGGAACUUGCAAACUGCUGUUGCUCAGACACUUCCUGUGGAAUGGAUGCCAUCCAUGCAUCCUCCCACAAAUGUCUGCUGACCUCUUGUCAUCAUUCUGCCUAUAACAACAUGAGGGAUGCUGACAACCAAGAGACAAGUGAUUCCCAUUUGAGGCCUGAGGAGACAAAUAGUUGUACUGCCUGUAAAGCAUCUUGUACAGAAUCCCCAAGUAAACAUGGCUAUGCUGCCAAUUCUUUUAAAGAAAGUAGCCCUUCUCCACUGAGCAUCUGUGGCUUGGACUCUCCCUCUCUGAGUCAGACUGGUUCUGCAAGCAGCAUCGGUGUCAGAAGUGACACAUGGGAUGGAAAUGGCACAAAGCGUCAGAAUGCAAAAAGAACGCCUGAGACGAACUGCAGCACGUCAGAUACCCCAGCAGCGUCUGGAAAUGUGACUGGAAAUGGCAACUCUACCUUCAUUUCAAGUGGACAGGUCAUGAAUUUUAAAGGGGAAAUCAUUGUGGUCUAUGUCAGCCAGAACUCCCAAGAAGGAUCCAUGUCUCCUGGAUCAAGUGAUGACAGUCUGGGAAGUCCAGUGCAAGAGGAAAACAUGAACCGUUGUGAGACAUUUGCAGGCAAUGUUCACCAGUAUAAGGAAAAAUGUGCUGAAAUGAAUUCAUCUCGCAGCAUGGUCAGUGAGGAAUCUGCAAGCACUGUGGGAGGGUUCAAGAGGACUUCUGGGCCUAUUGUCCAGGAAGAGAAUCAUAAAAGUCAGGACAGUAAACACCUCUAUAAUGAGGCUUCACAGCCUAUACAAGAGGAGGGAAAGCCAGGAUAGUUUCUUAAGCAAGCACUGCACUGAGGGAAAUGUGUGCCUGACUGUUGGUUUCUGGCAUUCAAUAAAAAUGAACACUCUACACUUACUGAAUGUGGAAUCUGGGAAGCAGCAUCAGAAUAGCACUACAUAGCAAAAGAAACCCAGAGAAACAUCUGCAUACUGUUGAGUUGUCCGAUUACUUCAAUUGACAGAUCAGAAGGGAAAACCUUUGCUCUUCGUUGGGGUUUCUUGUUGUGGACUUUCAAGUCUUUUCCCACUGAUGGUGACCCUAAGGUGAACCUAUUACAGGUUUUUCUGGGGCUGAGAGCAUGUAACUCACCCAAGGUGUCCCAGUGGGUUUUCAUGGCUGAGUGGGGAAUCAAACCCCUCUGGUCUCUUGGGUCAUAGUCCAAUGUUCAAACUACUACACCAUGAUGGCUUCUAUGGGACAUUCCCAUAUAAAAGUGAACAGAAUAACUUUGGUGCUCUUUGGGAUAUUUCUCACAGUCUUCCAGGAAGAAGCUGCAUUCUUGGGAAAUCAGUCACAGGACAUUUUAGUGUACUGAAGGCAGGAAUCCAUGCUUCUAAGAACCUUGUCCAUGCUGCUAAAGACUCUAAUCCAGAGGUUUUCAUAUUGUUACAGUGGUUGACACUGGGCAUGUCCAAACCUAACGUGGAAAGUGCAGUUGUAUUUUUCCUCCUGAGAAAUGAAUCCAACUUCCUCAUCUUUAUUAUAGGAAAAACACAGACAUACCAGUGAUUCAGUUGUCGGUCUUGCCCCUCCCCGUGUUUCAGUUCGUCUUACUGCCAUCCCCCCCCCCCCCCACUUUCUUGUAAAACCACUCAUGUACAUUUAUUCAUUUAAAUUCUCAUUCACCACCUGAUUUUUGAAAAACAGAACUGGUUUUAAAAGGCCAAUCAGCACUGUAUUUAGCUGGAGUCAGCUGCAAACCUGCAGAAUCAGUUGGUUUUUAGGACUAGUUCUCCCAGAAUUUGCUAGCCAGCAUGGCCACUGAUUGGUUAAAAUUGAGAGUUGUGGGUGAACAGAGUAAUUUCCCAAGCUUUUGACCACAGCAUGGUGAAAAUGCAUCUAGAAUAGUUCCAUCACUCCAUUAUUUCAUUUGCUUCACAGCCUACAAUUUAGAAUUAAAUCAGUUUAAGCAGAGAUAGCCACCAGAAAUCAAACUUUCAUUAAUGGUGUGAAAGCAGCUUGCAACUGCUAUUGACUUCUAUACUCAAGACAUUCAAGAAAGACCUUUAAAAAAAAAAAGCAUAUUCAAGAAGUAUUGGAGAACACCUGAUCGAUCCUCAGUCAAAAAUAGAGUUAGAUAAUUCAAUUUUAGCACCAUUCAAGUUCAGAGUGUGGUUGUCCGCUUCCACUGUACAUUCACUAGAAUAUGGAAAAUUACUUUGUUGGGUGACAACUCCCAGAAUUUUCAGCCAGCUAUUUUCCAGUCUUGGAUAUCAGCACAUACUUAGUUAUCUGCAGCAUAUUACAGACUGAGCAGGGUGAGUCUACAUAUAACACAAAACUGAUAUAAAACUAAUUUAUAGAUUUACUCUGGUGGCAGACAUAGCUUACGAUCACAAUCUUGAGAACAAGACCAGUCUAUAAUAUUUUGCUUACUGACCUGGAGCAGUCAAUGGCACCCUGUACACUAAAUCAAAGUGCCAAGUACCCAAGGCCAGCCAACCUGGAGCAGAAGAUCCCACACUUUCCUUUCUCUGGUUGUAAAAGUACAGUAGUCCUUCAGAGGAUGAACAGUUUGCUGACCCACUGUGGCACUCCAAAUCUGAGGUGGUCAUCUCACUCUGCCUAUUGAUGGAUUUGGUCCAGCGUGAAGUUGCCAGUUAUCUUUCGUAUGUUGUACUGUUGCUGGCUAUCUUAAGGAUGCACAGUUUUGAUGGGAACCUUGCCAUGGUAUUGACAUGCUGUCUAAAUAAUAUAUUACUUUUUU